CGAAGAUAAGUGAAAUCGACCCACUGGUUCGCCAGAUACAAUAAACAAGUGCAGGGAAAGUGGGUCAUAUCAAGUGAUGAAAUGAGUCUCAGUGCUGUGGCUACUUUAAUUGUGUUACUGUUCUAUUUGGCCAAAUGCGACGGUCGGUUGUCCACUCGCUGCUAUGUAUGCCGAUCCAGGGGUGAGAUGGGAGAUUGUAAGGAUCCAUUCAACUUCAAUGACACGUCCAUCAAAGAGUUGCCAGGACUACCUGUUUCGGUGACACCAUGUCCUUCAGGCUGGUGUCGCAAACAGACGGAGGGGAUCCGUGGACCAGCAGAUGAAUAUGGCUCAGCCACGGACCGUUCUUGUCUCAGCCAAGCACCGAAUGAUGGCGAAGAGCGAUGCGCAGAGGUCAACAUUCGCAACAAGGUGUCUCGAUUGUGUUUAUGCAGGGGAGAUUUAUGCAACAAGGCGUCUCCAUCUCAACACUACGGCUCCAUCCUCCUUAUAGCCUUCCUAACGACGGUCUUCCUCCCCAUGUCGAACUAUUCUGGCCACUGAAUAAAAUUAAGAUGGUUGUUGAAUAAUCAUUUUUCGUCCUAUAAUUAUUAGCUCUCUGUUAUUACCAAAUUUCAUAUUAUUACUAAAUAAUAAAUCUUGGCUGUCCAGCAAAU